CAGCAACAGCUCGCCUGGGAACUUUUGAAUGGUUACAUCUACUGAUUUCUUCCAUUGUCUUGCCAGCAGCCAUCAUGGCGAAUCCAGUGCUGGCAGCUCUAAGCUCUGCUGUGGCUUUCUCCUACGGCAUUCUCGUUAUGUUCUACUAUUGGAGCUUGACCGUUAGAUCAGGGAUCUAUUUCCGGAAAUCGACAGCUGCAUUCCGCUCAGAGCUGGCUACAGCUCGUGACCGGUUCUGGAAUCUGUCAAAACAAUCAAAUAGUCUUUACCAUCGAUUUUUAACACUCCAUGAUGGCUUCAAGUUCCACUAUGUCACCAACGUCGCCCCCGACGACUCUCGGGGAGCAACAGCCUCGAAACCCCUAGUUAUCCUGAUACAUGGGUUCCCCGACAGUUGGGGCAUUUGGCGCAAAGUUCUUGACUCGACUGCACUGCGAGAGUCUUGCUCCUUGGUUGCGGUGGACAUGCCGGGAUAUGGGGGUUCUGACAUACUCAAAAAAUACUCAGCCACAGAGGUUCUUGACAAGUUCACCGAAUUCAUUGUCGCGUUGCGAGAACGGUAUGGGUUCGAUGACCCGAAUAAUGAAAAGCCCAGAGAGAAGGUUAUCAUCGUGGCCCACGACUGGGGUGCCGUAAUCUCAAACCGCCUUGCGGCAGAGGCACCACAGUUGGCGGACAGGUUUAUCUUGACUAAUGGUCCUCUGAUCGGCUUAGUUACAUCCAACAUCAAAAGCCAUGACUCUUCGGCUGUGAAGAUGCUGAAGAUCUUCUUACAUUCUCCGUUACGAUCUCGCUCGAUGUUGGGAAAAGCUUUGUACACUCUCAGGCCAGUACUUCGACAAGUCCUACUUUCCGGCUAUAUCUUUGCCUUGCAAUUACCUUUACCAUUCAUACGUAUUCAAGGAACUAGCGGAGAUUUCGCAUGGUUAAGAAUGGUCCAUUUGCUAGCCAAUGGCACAGUCGAUGACUACACGGUAAAGGAUGCUACGGAGAGUAUGGCGACAAGUCUGGGGCCAUCCGCAGCAGAGUGCGCAACUGAGACUUUUGACCAUGAGACAUAUCCCAAAGGCAUCAUCAAACAGCAAUUUUCAGAAAAGUUUAUUAACAUGGUCAGUUACUAUAGGCAUGGUACUAGUGUCGGGCGCUGGAAUAAGUCAAUUGAGACGAUUACCGCACUUCAUAGUCUCGGGGGUGGAGAUGAUCUAGGGCGGAGGAGUAGUCGUGCGGGGGUUUUCGAUGAUGGGCCUAAAGGAGCAUUGAGAGCGAAAGCUACCGUUGUAUGGGCACUGAAUGACCAUGCUCUCGACCAGCGACUCAACCUCGACGGUAUUGGGGACUAUCUUGUCCAUAACAGCCAAGUUAUCUCAUUGCCCAGGAGUGGGCAUUUCACGCCAAUUGAAAGAGAAAGUGGCGUUGCUCUACAGAAGAUCGUCGAGUGGGCCGUAGCAGGUGAGAAAGAGGAUGUCAACAGUGUUGUUCAGGCGGUCUAUCCCGGAGCAUCAGUGACUCUGAGGACUUAGAACGCGUCACGAAGUAGAUAGGGAGUAUAUCGAGCGUGUAACUUAAUGCUUAUUUUUAUCACGUUGCAUAUUCAAUAUACAAACAUUUCAUUGUCUUCGGCAAGUAAUUCUUCCGGGAGGGGGCCACCGUGGUGAUAAUCGUUCUCCAAGUCGAUCUUGGCCGAAUUGAGUCGACUGCGUCGAUGAAU